AUGGCAGCAAGAGAAAGGGAUAGAGACCUAGAACUUCUGUUACCAGUGGCGAACAUAACAGAAACCGCACCUCCGCCUCCCGUGGCUGCUCCGCCACGUCGUCUUGGAUUCAUCACUUCGAUUAUCUUCAUCUUCUUAGUUGGCAUUUUCACGUCAUUUUGGUUAGGAGCCUCCUUACUUAGUCUAGGGGAAUGGUUAAUUAAGAAAAUGCCACUUAUAAGCUACAUUUAUUCUGCCUCCAAGCAGAUAAGUGCAGCAAUAUCACCUGAUGAAAGCUCGAGUGCCUUCAAGGAAGUUGCCAUCCUGAGACAUCCACGCAUUGGGGAAUACACAUUUGGCUUCAUCACUUCAACAGUUGUUCUUCAGAAAACAUCUGGAGAAGAAGAACUCUGCUGCGUCUAUAUACCGACUAACCACCUCUAUCUUGGGGAUAUACUUCUCAUGAACUCAAAGGAUGUAAUAAGGCCUAAUUUGUCUGUUCGAGAAGGAAUUGAAAUUGUCAUCUCCGGGGGCACAUCAGUACCUAAAAGAAUAGCUGUGCUGGACUCUCAAUCCAUCCCAACAGCAAGAACUAACAACUUUGGCACAUGGUACUGCAUUGAUUGUGGCAUUAUAAUUUACUAUUGCUCUGUGCUGAAUUUCACAACUCUUGCAGGUCCAAUUACCUAG